AUAAUCUAGCUUCACCAACAAUCCUUUUUUGAAGCUAUGGAAAUCAUCCCAUUUGUUUCCGCCCUCCGCCAGGAGGCUCAGGUACUUGGGGACUACCACGCCGUCCGAAAAAUGUGCUCUCGUCGACUGGCAACUCUCCGAAGACGACUUGGCUGGCAGACCUCCAAAUCGAAGAAAUACGCACCGCAGCCUCGAUUGACUGCGGAAGAAAUUGCGCAAGAGCCCAGAUUCGUCCACCUAUACCUCUACUCCUCCGAGCGAGCAUGGGCCCAUGCAAUGCAGAUGAAGUCUCUCUUAGCAGACGACACUACUGUCGCCUCCGCAGCGAUGAAGUCACAUCUUGUCUCCCGCCUACACAAAGCUCAGUCUUAUGCUGUACAGUUAUGCGCACUCCUCGAAGACCCGGCGUCUAUGUCUACGGAUUACGACGUCUUAGAAGCAAAUGCUUAUGCCGCAUCACUGCGCGGGUCGGAGGCAUUUGAAAAAUCGCAUUGGGAGGACUCGAUCAAGGCGUUCGCUAUAUCAAAGAUUAUAUACUCGGCAUUAUUAUCAUUUUCAAAGAACGAGAUUUACAAGGACCAGUUGACGAGCACCGUCGAUCCGAGUAUUCGAUACUCGGCGUAUCAAUUGCAGCUACCUAGGAGUAUGGAUGUCGCGACUAUCUCUAGGCAGAACUUUCCUAGGCAGGAUGAGAGGAUUGUGAAGGCGGUUGAGGCCCUAGAUGCAAAAGCCUUGUCUGACCCUGCUUCGGAGGCAUCAGAAGGGGGCGGAGCAGGUGUGACAGUUACUUCAGUAACCUGGCGCUCACGUACUGCACCUGUGGAAGACGCAGAUAUCUCCGUGGCCUUAGUAGCAUCUCAGGCGGCGGAGCAUGCAUACCUUUCCCUCCAGAAGGACAACCCCAGCUCGACCGAAGCCUUCGACGGAGUGCUGCUGGCAUGGCAAGAAGUGGUAGACGCAACCAAAAAGGCAAUCGACCGGCAGACAGCAGAGGGUGUCAGCAUGGGCGAUCCAAAGAUGCAAAAUCUACAAUUAACCUGGACACUGGUAAAUUACUCCCUAAUCUGCUGGCGUAUCGCGCGAAAUCGCGUGAUGGUCGAAGGAAUAGCCCAAGGCGGGAAAAGGAAGAACAAGAAGGGUGGCGAAGAAGUCAGAGUUAAGAAGCUCGGUCACUUAAAAGAGGAGGUAGCUCUUUAUGAUGCCAUUCUCCAAAGUCUAGAACAAGUCUACAACCUCCCCGGCGUCGCGGCCGAUGAACCUUUCACCUCCGAGCUCGACUCCAAAAAGGCCUACUUCUCCGCCCUCAAAUGCUCCACAAUCGCGCGCUCCCACGCAAUCCUUUCAAACCGUACAAACGCCCUAGCACUUUUCGCCCGCGCCCUCUCACACAUUACUUCCUCCCCACCCAUCCCCCAAUCCAUUGCCACCCCCCCAUCACACAAAGGCCUAGAUAUCGCCCCCGCGGAAUCCCAGUCCCUGAUAUCAACGCUGGAAAACGAAGUAGCGCGCUUCAGAGCCCUCGUAGAAAUGGACCUGAUCGCGGCGAAGUCAACCAAGACCGCGGUGGCCGCCGAAGGUCGCGCCGGUUCCUGUCAAGCCGGUGUUUUUAGAUGUGGCGUUUAA